GGCGUUUAUUAGAAAACAAAAUGGCGGCGUUGGAGGAACAGUUGAGAUUCAAUUUGAGCGUUCCCCCUGAUCCAGCCAACAUGUCCACGCGGUUCAAACUGAGACCAGCUCCAGUGAUCCUCCAUAAACUAUCUCCUCCUGCUCCUGUUGCUCCUCCUCCUUUAUCGCUGUCUCUUCAAGCAAGAAUGGAGUUGGCCUCCCGUUUAGCUAGAAGAGAAUUACAAACAGCACUAUUAAUGAAGAAUGCAACACUACUCUCAAAAGAACCAAUAGUUUUUAAUAAUGUACGUUCAGCACCUGUACCACCUCCGAAAUGUCCACCCACACAGGAUGCUACUAAAUCCAAUCUCGCCAAAUCUAAUCUCGCCAAUCAUCAGAAAUCAAAAUUUAAAAGGGGAGGAGUCAAACAUGUUACCAUAGCAAUGACGGAAGGAGGCCCGUGUGAAGAAGCCAAGCAGUUAAGAGACGAGCUGACUCAGCAGUUACACUGCUAUCGUCUCUCGUUGCCACGCCCAGCCCACGAGACAGUUGUAUUGAAAUCAGAUUCCAUUGGUGGCAGCGGUAGACUAGAGUGGGUUGGAGAGAUGAACAAGGAGAGAAAGAUUAUAGAACGUCGGACAGAGGAGCAGCAUAUUAGGAAUAUUAGACUACUUUAUCAAUUGAAACAGAAGAUUAAAGAAGCUGAGAGGGCAAUGAGCAAGGUGAAAGAAGGGGCUGAUUUUGUUAAAAAGUCUCAUGCUGUCCAACAAUUAGCAGGUGCUCACAGGACAGCUCUAAGAACCCUUCACUCUCUCACUAAUACAGCCUCUAAUGGAACAGACCCUAAAGUAACUCAUCAACUUAUAUCGCUACUAGAACUCCUUGCAAGGAUCUCGUCUCAGUCUGACGAUGGUUUUGAAGACACUGAGCUACUGGAGGGUAUAAAGGGCCUAAGGGAAUCACUUGUCGAUCAUUUCGCUGUAGUUAAGUCUGCUUCUGUCGCCGAGGAGAGAAAGAUCGCUUCACUUAAAUCGCAUGAUCUUUCGACAGUCGCAAAACCUUCAGGAAAGAAAAGGAAUAUGAAGCAAAGACUUGGCUUUAAACCAAAGAGUGUUAUUUUGAAAAGAAAUUAUACACAAGGUGGCCAUGGCCAUGGCCCGAAGUCGAAAGUAGAAGAAAAGAAAACGUUUAAUCGUACAAAUGGAGUUAGUCCAUCUUUUACAAAGAAGAGAGAAAAUAAAGUUGCUUUAAAAGAAAGACGUGAUGAGCCAUUGUCACUCUCUGCUCCUCCUCCUCCUCCUCCUCCUGCUAGUGAUAGAACUGAGAAUGUGGAGAAUGUUAGUCGUAGCCAUUUCGAGAAAGAAGUAACAAGACACAUGUGGUACAAUGCUAAACUAACGGAGAGCGUUCGUCAACUUGACUCGACCCAAAAAGAGACCUUGGGCAAGUUAUCGGAGCUGGAAGAGAGAGUGAAGGAGAUGAAGGAGCAAAAACCUCCUCCGCCAUUGACUGAGAAGAGAGAAGACAGAGGGACACAAAUGACACCAGAAAUAAAUGAAAAAUCUACGUGCUUUAGCAAAGAUGAGAGUACAGUACAAGUGAGUGGAGAUGAAGGCAAAGGGUUUUUGGAUAGAACUGCCGUGAGAAAAAUGAUGGAGAGACUUGACGAAAUUGAAAAAGAAAAGACUGAAAUACAAAGAAGAUGGCAGUCUGUAUCUUAUGAUGAUCCCCUUACCUCUUCUCGAGAAACCUCUCCUUCUCCUCCUCCUUUAUCAUCGUCAGGUUUUGACUCUAGUAAGACCUUAGCUCCUUUAUCAGCUGAGACUGUCGAUAGUAUACUGAGAUAUCAGGAGUUAUACAAGAAUUACCUGAAGACUACAGGGAUAGAUACUGAAGGAGAUUUUAAUCCAUGGAGUAUGGUGGACAGUAUCUGUGAUGAACUGAUGGAAGAAAUGCUCACAGAAGUGAUCGGUGAAGUUGAUAGUGCCCUAGACACUUAUGUUCAUCAACUGUUUGACAGUGAAUUCCACAUACCAUAAUGAACAUACAGUGACAGCAUAUUUACUGUACAUCAUUAUUGCUACAAUUCACAUCAAUUCUUAUCAACAAAAAGAAAAAUAUUUAUUAAAGUUUCAUUGCAGGGGAUUUAGGUGAUAAUAAUAAUAAUUUUGAAUGGUCACUACAUAAACGUGUACAUAAAAAAUUAACUUCAAAUCAUUGGUACCAACACACAAUA